UUCUAUGUUAUAUAGUGUUUAAAGCAACAUAUGCUUUUGGACAUUCAUGUAUGUUUGAAUAUAGUGCGUGUAACAAAUUUUAAGAUUAUUUAUCUAUAGUGAAUAAUUUGUGAAAGGGAAUCAAAAUUCAACGAUUAUAUUCUACUAUAAAACAAUAUUAAUGACGACAUGGGUGUCCCGGCGUUUUUCCGAUGGUUAAGUCGAAAAUAUCCUUCCAUGAUAGUGGAGUGUAUAGAACAAAAGCCAAUAAACUCUAAUGGAGUACAUGUUCCUGUUAAUUCUGCAGAUCCUAAUCCAAAUGGGAUUGAAUUUGAUAAUUUAUAUUUGGAUAUGAAUGGAAUCAUUCAUCCAUGUACCCAUCCAGUAGAUCAACCCGCACCAAAGAAUGAGGAAGAAAUGAUGGAGGCUAUUUUUGAAUGUAUUGACCGCUUGUUUCGUAUUGUAAGACCCAGGAAGUUACUUUACAUGGCUAUAGAUGGAGUUGCACCUAGGGCUAAAAUGAAUCAACAAAGAUCACGUCGUUUCCGUGCAUCUAAAGAAACAAGCGAAAAACUUAAUGAAAUUCAAAGGGUGCGCUCUGAAUUAGCUUUGAAAGGAGCUGUAUUACCACCAGAAAAGCCAAAAGAAGAGCACUUUGAUAGCAACUGCAUUACUCCAGGCACUCCAUUUAUGGCAAGAUUAUCAAAAUGUUUACAUUAUUAUAUACACGAUCGUUUGAAUAAUGAUCCUGGUUGGAGGGACAUAAAAGUCAUACUGAGCGAUGCAAAUGUUCCAGGAGAAGGAGAACACAAAAUAAUGGAUUUUAUUAGAAGACAAAGAGCUCAACCCAAUCAUAAUCCUAAUACACAGCAUGUUUUGUGUGGUGCUGAUGCUGAUUUAAUUAUGUUGGGUCUUGCCACACAUGAACCCAAUUUUACUAUUAUUCGUGAAGAAUUUAAACCGAAUAAACCAAAACCAUGUGAUAUAUGUGGUCAAUUAGGACACGAAAUGCAAGAAUGUACUGGCGCAGAACCUAAUCAAAAAGAAGAGGACAAUGCAUUUUCCGCAGAAUGUCAAUAUAUAUUUGUGCGAUUAAAUGUUUUAAGAGAAUAUUUAGAGAGAGAAUUGCAAAUGCCCAAUCUACCGUUUAAAUAUGAUUUUGAACGUGCUAUAGACGAUUGGGUUUUUAUGUGUUUUUUUGUAGGAAAUGAUUUUCUACCUCAUCUUCCGUCAUUGGAAAUUAGAGAAGGAGCUAUUGAUAGGCUUGUAAAUUUGUACAAAAAAGCUGUGUAUAAAACAGGAGGUUUCUUAACGGAUAGUGGUGACAUUAAUUUGGAUAGAGUGCAGGUGAUAAUGUCUGAACUUGGUGAUGUAGAGGAUGAAAUUUUUAAAAAAAGGCAACAGAAUGAAUUGGCUUUUAAACAACGUGAGAAGGAUAAGAAAAAAAGAUUGAAAACACUUAGCAAUUAUAAACCAAAAUGGAUUCCUACAGGACAAUUUGCACCUAUGCCAUUGGGACAAACCAUUAAACCAGUUGAAAAUGCACGCCAUGAAGCUUAUCAAAUGCGCAUGCAAAAUCAGAAUUAUAGCACUUGUUCGAUUAUGCAAUCGGAACAUGCAUCGGUGGGUACAAAUGUAACCACUGCACUCGAGAGUAUGCUGCGUCCUGAGGGUAAAAAUGAGUUAAACAAACGCAAAAUCGACGAAGUAUCAGCGGAUGAUACUGACGAUGACGAUCGAGCACAUGAUGAAGUUAGACUUUGGGAAGAUGGUUUUAAAGAUCGUUAUUAUGAGUCAAAGUUUGACGUAUCUCCCGACAAUCUCGCAUUUAGAAACAAUGUGGCCUUACAGUAUGUACGUGGUUUAUGUUGGGUUUUACGUUAUUAUUAUCAAGGUUGCGCUUCAUGGAAAUGGUAUUUUCCAUAUCAUUACGCACCUUUUGCAAGUGAUUUUAUUAAUAUAGGUGGUCUUUCUACAGAAUUUGAGAAAGAUACUGUACCAUUUCGUCCUUUAGAACAGCUGAUGGGUGUAUUUCCAGCAGCUAGUAGUAUACACGUGCCACAAUCAUGGGCAAAAUUAAUGAGUGAUCCAAAAUCUCCGAUCAUAGAUUUUUAUCCAGAAGACUUCAAGAUAGAUCUUAAUGGGAAAAAGUUUGCUUGGCAAGGCGUAGCUUUGCUUCCCUUUGUUGAUGAAAAAAGACUGUUCAAGGCUUUAGAGCCUUAUUAUGACAGCUUAACGGAUGCAGAAAAAAAACGAAAUGUACGUGAUGACGAUCGAUUGUAUGUCGGUUUGGGAAAUAGUGGAUAUAAUUUUGUAAAAGGUCUUUAUAUGAAUGGAGUGGGAUUUGAAAUUGAAACACCAGUACGUAUAGAUGGUAUGAGAGGUAUGGUGUUGUUGGCAGAGGAUUGUAUUGGAGAUGGAGCUACAUUACUUUCUCCGAUCAAUGGACUACCAGUGAGGAAUAAUAAAGUAUAUUGUGUACGUUUCCGGGAUCCAAAGUACAAUAGUAGUUUUAUCUUUUCUACAAAAAAAUUGAAAGGUGCUAUAGAACCACCAAGAGUGUUGAAACCUCAAGACUUUGAACAAAUGAAUCGUAACAAUGGUAAUCAAUGGAAGCCACAGAUCGGCUUUACUCCUUCGACACGAUUUGCAUCUUUAAGCGAAGCUGGUCAUCGAAUGCUCGAUCAUCACACGGGUUUCAAUAGAGCACUACCGAUGUAUGGACACGUACCACCACCUCCGAGUGUUUAUCAACAUCAACAGCAAUAUCAACAGCAUCACGUUGGACAAGGGAGGAAGACGAUAUCCCUCAGUCGUCUCGAUGAUGACCAAAUUUGUAGAGAAUUUAUCCAUUUUCAUGAAUAGAAAAAGAAAAGGUGGAAGAAGAGGAAGGUAAAAAAAGAACUAGAAGGAGAAGAAGAAGAUAAAAAAUGAAGAGAUAUACUUUAAAGUCGAGACAAAGUCGAGUCUCGUUCGAGGAAGGGCGCGUGCGCGCGCGCGACUAAUCCGUUCGGAGAACAGGCUGGAAGGGAAGAAGGGGUGUUGCAAGGCCGAGGGGUUCUCGUUCCGGAUUAGCUCAAAGGGUAGUUCGUCACGUAGAGCGUGACUCCGGCCGUUUCGUUGUUUGGCACGUCGAGUCAAGCAACGGUUCCCCGGCUUUCGCCCAAUUAUAAAACAAACGCGGUGCACUCUGUAAUUAUCCAAUUAGCGGAUGUACCUCUCUUUCACCCUCAUCCCCUUCCGCGUCACGAUCGUUGUCGUCGUUGUCGUCGAUUGCGUUGAGCUGCAAGUCCUAUUCGCCGUUGGCAAAAGGAGAAACAAAUGCUGACAACUCGUCAUCGUCAUUCGCCAUUCUCCACGUCGUUAUCGCGUUAUUCGAAUACUUCAAAAAAUUCUACGAAUAGUAUUCCUCUUUCAAAUCUAUUUUUUAAAGUAACCAUUUACGAACGAUAGUUACGUUGCACAUAACUACGAUAAUUAUUUCUAUGAGAUAUUUUUCUAUCUUAGAAACCUUUUUUACGAUAAAAAUUAUUGAAAUACUUUAAUAAUAAAUUAAUAAUAACAACCAGUUAACUAGAAACCAGAUUGGUUUCAAGGGGUUUUUAUUAAAAAUGUCUAUUUAAAAU